AAAGAAUUAGUUCCCUCUCAGGGAAACAAUAUAAACAACUCAUGAUUUUUCUAAUGGAACGAGCAACCACCUGGAUCUCUUCUUAAUCUCAACAUCUGUGUCAAGAGAGAUGAAGCAGGAUGGUCCGUAUCGCAGGUCCAGCCAGGAGUUAAAGGAAGCAGGAACUUCAAAAUAGGAAGGCUGAACUUAAUGGAGAAUGGAGUGACACUUAAUUCAGGGAAAGAAAGAGAGGCUGGGUCCAAGGAGAAGAACGAUUGAGAAUCUUGCCUUCUUUUGAGCCUAAGCCAUGAGCUGGAUGUUCCUCAGAGACCUCCUGAGUGGAGUAAAUACUCACUCAACUGGGAUUGGGAGGAUAUGGCUAGCUGUUGUGUUCAUCUUCCGUUUGCUGGUCUACGUGGUGGCAGCAGAGCAUGUGUGGAAAGAUGAGCAGAAAGAGUUUGAGUGCAACAUUAGACAACCGGGUUGUGAAAAUGUGUGUUUUGACUACUUCUUUCCCAUCUCCCAGGUUAGACUUUGGGCCUUACAACUGAUCAUGGUCUCCACACCUUCACUUCUGGUGGUCCUUCAUGUGGCCUAUCGUGAGGACAGAGAGAAAAGGCACAGAAAGAAACUCUAUGUCAACCUAGGUACGAUGGAUGGGGGCCUGUGGUAUACUUACCUUAUCAGCCUCAUUGUUAAAAUCGGUUUUGAAAUUGGCUUCCUGGUCUUAUUUUACAAGCUGUAUGGUGGCUUUAGUGUUCCCCACCUUAUGAAGUGUGAUUUGAAGCCUUGUCCCAACACUGUAGACUGUUUCAUCUCCAAACCCACUGAGAAAACCAUCUUCAUACUCUUCAUGGUGAUCACCUCAUGCCUGUGCAUUGUGUUGAAUUUCAUUGAACUGAGCUUUUUGGUUCUCAAAUGCUUUGUUAAGUGCUGUCUCCAAAACUAUUCUACCAGAGCCACAUCCUCAGUGCGUGAGUGCCACAACCUCAGACACGCUGAAUGUGGUGCAUGCGCAGCCCCCGCACGGCUCCAGCAUCGCCCUUCAGGCUCGGCCACCAGCAAACCCCAGCGAGGUGAAACGCAGCUGCUCUGUGACACACACGAGGUUUAAACAAAGCAACCCUGCACCCCUCCUAAGCAAGACUGAGGCCGGGUUGGAAAACAAAGGGUGUUAGCCUUCAUGUAAUUGGGGAAGAAUUUAACUGUUUUCCACGAUGUGCUCAGUUGUGCCCAUGAGUCAGAGGCCUCACUGUGUUGUUGCAGGGUUCAUGUGGGCACAGGAAUCGUGUUUGAAUAGUUCACUGCAAAUUAGUCUGAAGAAAUCCAACUAACACCAUUUUUGUAAGUGCUUAGAUCUGUCAAGUGGGAAAUAUAAAAAGUGACACUCCUGACAAAUGUGAUGGCCUCCAAGCUGCAAUCCAGGCACUGGUAAUCUUUCUGAAGUAGCAGCCAAGACCCCACUCACUCAGCCCAACUAAAUAUCUCUGGGGAAUAGCCCACGUAAGCCUGAGCUAACACACGUCUGAAAGUACCCCUCCAGAGUCACGACAGAAGGCAGGUCCACGGAAAGCAGCACAUUGACAGGGAGGGGGAAGGACCUAGAGAAAGAAUAUGUGCACUUGGCAAUUACUUAACACUUCUCUUUAACCACGAAACUUUGAAGUACUUUAUACAUUUUCAUAUUAAUGAACUUUUUUAUAAUCAGGAAUUCACAAUGUAUCUUAUGUCACAGUUUGCCUACAAUUUACCAGUACAUCUCC